AUGAUGAAGAAUGAAGAAACAAGCUUUAAUGUGGACAGUACCCUAGCCUCUCCCUUCUCCCACUGCCUGCAGCCACUGAGCCCUGUUACAAAGCCACACAGAACAACUCAGUUUGGUGAAGAAUUCAGACCACACCUCUCACAUUUCCGCUAUGGCCCUCCUUCUCCUCUUGGAGACACAGAAACAUUCCAGGGGUCUUUGGAAGGAGGGUCUCGGAAACGCAAGAGCAUGCCAACAAAAAUGCCUCCUUCUAUUGCUCUUGAGGGCUCCUCAUCACCACCAGACAGACCUGAAGAUCACAAUGACAUAGGCUCUUCCAGUCUCCCCUUCAUAUUCCAACAGCCAGCGCAGCCCAAGUACAGUUCCCAGAUGAUUGACCUCUGCAACGUCGGCUUUCAGUUCUAUAGAACUCUGGAACACUUUGGAGCCAAGCCCAUCAAGCAAGAGCCAGUGAAGCCUAACGUGGCAUGGUCCAGUAGCCCAGCAUUCAUGCGGGCUCCUUACCCUUAUUACCCUAAAGUGCACCCUGGCUUAAUGUUUCCUUUUAUUGUGCCACCGAAUUUCCAUUUCAGGAACCCCUUUCAAACAAGAAGACCUCCAGAGCCAACCUUCAGGAGAGCUGAAGUAAGAGAAAGUGGUGAAAAUAAACAGAAAGUGGAAAGAGUAGAUGUCAACCUUCAGAUAGACGACAGCUACUAUGUUGAUGUGGGUGGUGAACAGAAGCGCUGGCAAUGUCCCAUGUGUGAGAAGUCGUAUACAUCCAAGUACAAUUUGGUCACCCAUAUCUUGGGGCACAGUGGCAUUAAGCCACAUGCCUGCACCCGAUGUGGCAAGCUUUUCAAGCAGCUGAGCCACCUGCACACGCAUAUGUUGACACAUCAGGGCACUCGGCCACACAAGUGCCAGGUGUGCCACAAGGCUUUUACUCAAACCAGUCACCUUAAGAGACACAUGAUGCAACACAGUGACAUCAAGCCUUACAACUGCAGGAUCUGUGGCAGAGGUUUUGCCUAUCCGAGUGAGCUGAAAGCACACGAGUCUAAGCACGAAAGUGGCCGAGAGAACAUUUGUGUGGAGUGUGGUCUGGAUUUCCCAACUCUGGCCCAGCUGAAGAGACACUUGACAACCCAUCGUGGUCCUAUACAGUACAAUUGCACCGAAUGUGAUAAGACCUUCCAGUACCCAAGUCAGCUGCAAAACCACAUGAUGAAGCACAAAGACAUCCGCCCGUACAUCUGCACGGAAUGUGGCAUGGAGUUUGUGCAGCCCCACCAUCUCAAACAACACUCCCUGACUCACAAGGGUGUGAAAGAGCACAAAUGUGGAAUUUGUGGCCGGGAAUUUACUCUGCUGGCCAACAUGAAGCGACAUGUCCUGAUCCACACCAAUAUUAGAGCCUAUCAAUGCCACUUGUGCUUCAAGAGCUUUGUGCAAAAGCAGACACUCAAGGCCCACAUGAUUGUUCACUCUGAUGUCAAACCCUUCAAGUGCAAGCUGUGUGGGAAGGAAUUUAACAGAAUGCACAAUUUAAUGGGACACAUGCACUUGCACUCGGACAGUAAGCCUUUCAAGUGCCUCUACUGUCCCAGCAAAUUCACUUUGAAGGGGAACCUAACCAGGCACAUGAAAGUCAAACACGGGGUCAUGGAAAGAGGAUUUCCUUCUCAAGGUUUUGGAAGAGGAAGAAUUGCUCUGUCCCAGACAAAUGUCUUGAGAAGUUUGGAACAGGAAGAGCCCUUUGAUCUUUCCCAGAAAAGUCAAGGGAAGGGCAUCUCAUUUCAUUCGGAUGGUGAGAGUGCCAAGGGAAGCUCAUGCCAGGAAGAAGAGGAAGACAACGGCUAUGAGGCAGAGCAGUACAGCCCUGCCGUGUACCACCACGAUGACAACAAGCUGUACGUGGCUCAAGAUCUGUCUGGCAAACCUGAGUGCAUGAUGAAAGACUUCAGGGAGUCCCACUGCAAGGCGAAGGAAGAAGUGCAAAGUGAGGGAGGACUGGAGAAGAGAACCAGAAAUUCAAACAACCAGGAGAGCCAAGGAGAGAGAGGCUUUGCAAACAACAAAGAACACCUCAGCUUUAUAUCCUUCGAAGAGGCCAAACUUGGCCACAAUCUCUCUGAUUACUUGUGCUUCAAGCAGAGGAAUAAGAAUUUGAAAGAAUUGCUGGAAAGAAAAAUGGAAAAACAAACAAUGCUUAUAGACGUUUAAAAUGGACAUUUUAAAACAGUUGGAAAAUGGGGAUAACAUAGCUUUU